AGUACACUAUUUAAAAUAACUAAAUUUAAGAGUUGAUUAAAAAUAUCCCUCAUCAAAUAUAGUUCUUAAAAAUAAUUCCCGUACGGAUUCAAAUAAAAUUUAUCAAUCGAAAUAUUAUUCUGUGUAUAGUUUUGUUUAAUUUGAAUAAGAAAUAAGAUGGUAAAAUUGGACUGUGAAAUUAAUAAUCUUAAAUUUUAGCAAAUUAAAUUUUAUAUUGGUUUCACGUUGUACGUUUUUUAAUGAUGACAUCAGUAAAAGAAAUAUUUAAAAUUAGUUUUCAACUUUUAGCUGACCAACCUGAUCAUAUUGCCAAGGAUUUUUUAAGACUAGCCAAAGAAUUCAUGGAUAAAGGUCCUAAUCCAUCGAUGUAUCAAAAAGCAGCUGAAAAACUGGAUUUAAAAGAGGAGCAAAUUGUUUCAUUAGUAAAAAGCAUUUGUCUAAUGUGUGUGCAAACUUGUAAGCGUAAAUUAACAGAUGAAGAAAUUAAAGAAUCAUUGUUGGAGUAUAAAUUUAGUGAAACUAAAUUAGAGAUGAUAGUGAUAUUUAUUGAAAGUGUUAAACCUCAUAUAUUAGACAUUCUAAAUUCUAGUGCAUUUGAUUUUCCACAUUUUAAAGAUCUUGAGUGGCGAUUUGAAACUGAUGUUGCAACACGAUCAUUUUUGCAACAAACAGUUCCUAAUAUAACAUUAAAAUUGGAUUUAGAAAAAAAAGGUUCAACUGAUUCUAUUUUUUUACAAACAAGUCCUUCUAACUUGAUUUAUAUUAAAGACAAACUAGAAAAUACUUUAAAGCAAAACCAAACUCAAUGGAUAAGAAAAAUCCGUAGAAAAUUAAAAUAAAGUUCAACAAAUUCAUAUUGUCUUACCUACUCCAACCUAAUAUUGGUGCUAUAGACCACAUAAUAGCAUGUGUAUAAAUUAGAAGAAUUUUAAAAAGAGCCAGUUUGAUUGUCAUUGGUUUUGCUGCCAAACCCUAAAAAAUAUUUAUUUCAUAUAUUGGAUUAUAAUUAUUAUUGUUAUUAUAUUAUUAUUAUUAUUAUUAUUAUUAUUAUUUACUUAAUUAUAAAUAGACAUUAUAAUAAUAUGUAUAUUUUUUUUACUUUUACUAUGACAUUGUAUCGAUCUAAUGCUAUGAAAACCAUCGUCCAAAUAGAUGCAUUACCAAAUAUUGAUCCAGCCAUAGCAUAUAAUUCACAUCCAAAUGGCCCUAAAAAUUAAAUUAUUUUAUAGAUAUUUCCCUUUAUUCUGUGAGGGCAACACAACUAAGUCAUUUCCAUCACAAUAUGGGGUUUUAAUAUUGUGGUGCUAAUCACAAUUAUUAUUUAUUUUCAAUAAUGAGCAAAAAAAGGUAUUUAGCUUAACAAAUAUGCUAUGUAUUGAAAAUAUUUUACAAAUUAUAUUCAAUAGUUAUAAGUAUUCAAAGUUGUCUCAGCCGACAAAAAGCUACUUUGUGCCUGUAUAUAAUAGUAUUUUAUCAUAUAUAGUAUAUUUUAAAUAUAAUAAAAUAUUUUACCAAACAUCCAAGUUUCGUACAAACAACUCCAAGCCAUAGCUGGACCCAUUGAACACAUCAUGCAAAAGUCGGAAAGUGCUAAGUUUACUACUAACAGGUUUGAUGGCGUUCUCAAACUUUUUGUACACGUGAAAAUAUAUAAUACUAAUCCAUUGCCUGUUAACGCUAAAAUUGUUAAAAGACACAUCGUAAUCCCUAACCAUUUGUACCAUAUUGAUUCCAUCGGAGGAUAUAGAUACCUUUUUAAAACAAACAAGUAAUGUUUAUAAAAAUGAUUUAAUGAAAUACUUUGUAGUUAUAUUAAUAUUACCAUAUUGGUUCAAUCAUAUGCAUCAUUUCUGGUGGAACUCGAUCUACCACCGUUUCAUUGCCAUAGCCUCCUUCUGGUAAGUUUCCCCAAAGGAUCUCUUGGCGAUCAAAAUGGGGUCCGAUUGUUUUCAACAUUUUAUCCGUGUACUAUUGUUAUUAUUUACGUUUGUUAAUUUUUAUUAAAACAUAAAUUAAAAUCUUGAUUAUUUUUUUUUCAGCUUUUGUGCUACUAAUGAACUAUCCUCAAAAACAUAUAUUAAAAAUCAUGAAUGUUUGUUAAUUUUAACCAAGUUACUUCCCGAUUAUUCAUUGAUGUCAACUGUCAUAAAUUGUCCGAAGGUCUGUCCAAGAAAGGACUAAACCAUUACACCCCGUUAACUUUAUUUAAAUUAUAGCCUAAGGAGGAAACCCCACGUCUGCCGUCUUGUAAUAUGUCUUGAGGAUAUAACAUGUUAACUUAAAGAGAUUAUUCUUAAUUCUGGUACCAAGGCUGAGGUAUAUUGUAGGGUUUUACUGCACGAUUUUAACUUAUGUAAAUUCUUUUUACGUUUUGUGUUAUCGGUUAAAUUAUAUUAAA